CGGGGCCAAGGCCGGGGGCGGGGCCAAGGGCAGCAGCAUGCUAAACCGAGUACGCUCUGCUGUGGCGCACCUGGUCAGCUCCGGGGGCUCCCCGGGGUCUGGGACCAGUGAGUGUCCAACCCCAGCGUCGCCCGACUCCACUGCUCCCCAAGGGACACCCCGGAACCCUCCGGUGGGGCCUAACAGCGGAUCGAAGGCACCUGGGGGCGCUGUGGAGAACCGGGGGAGUUUCUCCCGACCGACCUUCUUGCAGCUCAGCCCCGGGGGACUACGACGAGCCGAAGACCAUGCUGGCCGGGUCGUGCAGAGUCCCCCAGACACAAGCCGUCGUCUACCCUGGAGUACAGGCUAUGCCGAGGUCAUUAAUGCAGGCAAGAGUCGGCAUAAUGAGGACCAGGCAAGCUGUGAGGUGGUUUAUGUGGAAGGCAGACAGGCCAGGACGGGUGGGCCUGGGAAAUCCAUCAAGGACCAGGGCCACCAGGGUCUCUACUUCCAUUACUGGGGCCUGUUUGAUGGACAUGCCGGAGGUGGAGCAGCAGAGAUGGCUUCUAGACACCUUCAUCGGCAUAUUCGGGAGCAACUUCAGGGCCUAGUGGAGAUCCUGCAGGACCCUGCUCCACCCCCUCUCUGCCUUCCAUCCACUAGUCGGGCCUCUGUCUCCUUGGACUCCCCAUGCCCUGGUGGGCCCCAGCCAUGCUGGCCACUGCAGAAAGAGGUGACCCAUGAGAGCCUCGUGGUAGGGGCCAUCGAGAAUGCCUUCCAGUUCAUGGAUGCCCACAUGGCACGGGAGCAGAGGAGCCAGUAUGUAGUAGGGGGCUGCUGUGCCCUGGUCGUGGUCUACCUGUUAGGGAAGAUGUAUGUGGCCAACGCUGGAGACAGCAGGGCUAUCAUUGUCCGAAAUGGGGACAUCAUUCCAAUGUCUCGGGAGUUUACCCCUGAGACAGAAAGACAGAGACUGCAACUCCUGGGCUUCCUGAAACCAGAGCUGUUGGGCAAUGAGUUCACCCACCUUGAGUUUCCCCGAAGAGUCCAGCCAAAAGAGCUAGGUCAACGAAUGCUGUAUCGGGACCAGAGCAUGACUGGCUGGGCCUAUAAAAAGAUUGAACUGGAAGAUCUCAGGUUUCCCCUGGUUUGUGGAGAAGGCAAAAAGGCUCGGGUAAUGGCCACCAUUGGAGUGACCCGGGCCUUGGGUGACCAUAAUCUUAAAGUGUGCAGUUCUACUCUCCCUGUCAAACCCUUCCUCUCCUGUUUCCCUGAGGUACAGGUGUAUGACCUGACUCAAUAUGAGCACUGCCCAGAUGAUGUGUUAAUCUUGGGCACAGAUGGAUUAUGGGAUGUCAGCAGUGACAAAGAUGUGGCUGCCACUGUGGACAAAGUGCUGUCCAGCUAUGAGCCCAACGACCCCAGCAGGUACACCGCACUGGCCCAAGCCCUGGUCCUGGGGGCAAGGGGCAUCUCCAGGGAGCAGGGCUGGCGGCUCCCCAAUAACAAAAUGGGCUCAGGCGAUGAUAUUUCUGUCUUCGUCAUCCCACUAGGGGGGCCUGGCAGCUACACUUAAAGGGGGCCUAGUCUCCCUCUCCCCCAGCUCCUCCCCAGCCCAGACCUUCCAGGGGGUUCAGUAAUACUCUUCAGUGACUACUUGUCAGCUGCUUCUCCCGUACCGGGGAGGUGUGUAAAUAAACUAAACUGACCCCAAA